AUGCCGCCUAUUUCGAGCCCUGAGAAUGUGCUCAAGCGGGCUGAGGAGCUUGUGAGUAUGGAGAAGCCCAGCGCUGCUCUGGAGCUGCUCUACGAUACGAUUCUUUCCAAACGUACCCGGAACGUGUCGUUGACCUUCUUGGAGCCUAUCGUUUUGCGGUUUGUUGAGCUUUCGGUCGACUUGCGCAAGGGAAAGAUUGUCAAGGAUGGUCUGCACCAGUACAAAAAGCUUGUCGUUCCCACAAGUGUGCCCUCUCUGCAGGCUGUGGUCGAUAAGUUGCUUGUUCUCGCCGAGGAAAAAGUCACCUGUGCCCAGGAGAAGGCUGACCAGAUCACCGUCGAUGACGAGGAUCUCGAAGCCGAGCAAUCGCCUGAGGACCUGCUGAUGUCCACCGUGUCGAGCGAGCAGACCAAGGACCGUACUGACCGUGAGCUUGUCACACCGUGGCUCAAGUUCUUGUGGGAGGCCUACCGCUCGGUUCUGGACGUUUUGCGUAACAGCUCCAAGCUCGAGACACUGUACUCGGAGGUUGUCACCCAGGCUUUCCAGUUUUGUUUGCGCUACCAGCGCAAGACUGAGUUCCGUCGUCUCUGUGAUCUGUUGCGCAACCACUUGCAAAUGGCCGCCCAGCAGUCCAAGCUGCCCAACCAAACCAACCCUGUCGACUUGACUGAUCCCGAUACUCUGCAGCUAUUUUUGGACACUCGCUUCGAGCAGCUCGGCGUUGCUGUCAAACUCGAGCUCUGGCAAGAAGCUUUCCGCUCGGUCGAAGAUGUCCACACUCUUUUGACGGCCAGCCGCCGUCCUAUCAAGUUGGCAAACAUGGCCAGCUACUAUGAGACCUUGGCCCGCAUUUUUGCUGUCGGCAACAACCACUUGUUCCAUGCAGCUGCGUGGUCCAAGUACUACUCUAUGGUUUAUCACACUCGUCACUCUGCCCCCGAGGGUGAGUUGGAGCGUAUUGCUUCCUACUUCUUGCUCUCUGUUUUGUGCAUCCCCUCGUCCAACCGUGAGGACGUGGUUGAGAGCAGAAGCCACCGCCUCAGCACUCUUUUGAAUCUUACCCAGGUCCCCACUCGGGAGCUGUUGAUGCAAUCCGCUAUGGCCAAGAACGUUUUGCAGUAUGUUCGUCCUGAGAUCAAAGAGCUUUACCUGGUUCUCGAGACCAACUUCCACCCUCUCCUUCUCAAGGAGCGCCUGGAGCCCAUUUUCGAAGUUGUUGGAAAAGUCAAGGCCUACCAGUCUUACGUCCAGCCCUUGCUGAAGGUUGUCAUGGGUCGUUUGUUCAAGCAACUGUCUCAGGUUUACACUACUACUCGUUUAGAGCAGAUUGUUGAGCUGGCUACCUUCCCUGCUCCGUUCAACCUGUCUAGAUUCGAUAUUGAGCAGGAGCUUGUUCUUGGCGCUCAUGCUAACCACUCUUACCGCAUCCGCAUUGAUCAUGAGCAGGGCUCUGUCACCUUUUUGGACUCUUUGUCCGAGUGCGGUAACAACUACGGCAACCAGAUUCUCGAAGAGACUCCUAGCGAUCUGAUUUCUCAACAGCUACGCAAGCUUGCUGUGUGCUUGAACGAGGUUCUUCCUCAGGUCGAUUCCCGUGUGGCUUCCAGCGCUGCCAGUGAGCAUGCUUCUAUUGUUGCCAAUGCCCAGCGUAGCUUGGCUGAUGAGAACGAGAAGUUCCUCAGUCGUCGUAAGCUACAGGAAGAGCGCAGUGCUGAAGCUAAGAAACAGCAGCAGGAGCGUGAGGCUGCGGCCGCCAAGGAACGCGCUGACCGUCUCGCUGCCGAGCGUGCUGCCGAGGAACAACGUCUGUUGAACGAAGCCCGUGAGCGCGAGGAGGAACGCAUUCGUCGUGAGCGCCAGGCUAUCCAGGACGAGCAAAAGCGCGCUCUUGCUGAGGAAAUCAACGCCCGUGGUAUCAUCAAGGUCGAUAUGGAGAACCUUGAUAACGUGGACAACGAGACUCUUCGUCGUAUGCAGAUUGAACAGCUAGAGCGUGAUGAUCAGGAACUGCGCGGCCGUAUGACCGCCGUCGCCCGCCGUCACGAUCAUUUGGAGCGUGCCUAUCGUAAAGAGGAGGCCGCCAUCUGGAUUGCUGAUGGUAAGGAACAGGAGUCUCGCGAUCGCGAGGCUUAUGAGGAGCGCAAGAAGCUUCUUAUCGAGUCGGCCAAGGCCCGGGCUGCCCAAAAUUCUAUCCUCAGGGAACGCUAUGCUCGUAUGGCUGGUGCGUUUGAUAAGUAUAUGGAGGGUGUUAAUGAACGUCGCCAUGCUAUUUAUCUCGAAAAGAAGGCCAAGAACGAUGCCCUUCUCGCGCAAGCUAAAGAAGCUCGUCGUGAACAAGUUCUCAAGGAGCGCGAGGCUGCUGCUGAAAAGGCCCGCCUCGAGGCCGAAGAGCAGGCCCGCAUGGCUGCUGAGCGUACCGAGCGUGAGAAACGUAUUGUGGAAGAGCGUGAAAAGAUGGCUGCCGAAAGAGCCCGUCGUGCUGUAGACUCACCCCGGUCGACCCCCGAUCCUGCCGCCCGCUCAUCUCCCUUUGGCAAUGCUCGACCCGCCGGGGCCGCCGGGGCCGCCAAGCCUGUUUCUUCGCCUUUCGGUAAUGCCAGACCUGUGGAGGCCUCUAAGCCUGCUUCGUCGCCUUUCGGUAAUGCCAAGCCUGUUAGCAGCUCGCCUUUCGGUAACGCUAAGCCUGUGAGCAAGUCGCCCUUCGGUAACGCCCGUCCGUCUCCCACGGGAGCAGGUGGGGCUCCUCGUUCCUCGCCGUUCGGUAGUGCCAAGCCUGUUGAAGGACGCAGCAAUCCUUUCGGUAAUGCCAAGCCUGCCGACACUGGUAACAGCAGCAACAGCAGUAGCACAUCCCGCCCCUCAGGUGGCGCUUACCGCCCGCCUAGCCGUCGUUAA